GCUUUGGCCUUGUGUCGAAUAUCUUCAAGCUCUGAGAUGGUCUGCGUUCGCGAGAUUCUAGACGGAUGCCUGCCGGGUGCUUUGGAAAGAGGAUGGCUCAUGGUUCUAGAGGUUGAACGAACGAGAUAGAAAUCAGUCGCCUUUUCUUUAUAUUGAAAAGUGCCACUCUCUCCAAAUCGAACCGCUAUCGAUCGAAGCUAUGUCAUCUGUACCAAUUGUCGCCGAGGGAUGCCACCAGGGACAGCUUUGAGAAGCCUGGCCGCGGGAUGCUGCAGGAUAUCUACGCGAGGCCGUCGCAGCUUCCAGACUGCUCGUAACACCGACCAAGAAGAGACAGAGUCGAACUUUGAUCGCAAGGGAAAACGACGAGCAGAUCAGUCCGAAUCAUAUACCUUUCCGACAUCUUAUAAUGGAUCUAUGCCAGAUCCGUUCAAGGUCAUGGGAUUGGACAGGAACUGCUCCCCACAAGAAGUCAAGCAGCAAUACUAUCGUCUUGCCCUGAUCCUCCAUCCCGACUCGUCCCACCCUUCUGCCUCUCCCGCCAAUUUUGCGACACUUCAUCGGGCAUACACUCUGCUGUCGUCCUCACAGGCGAGGCAGACGUACGAACGUAGCGGCCAGGGCUGGACAGCGGGAUCAGAUACACCUCCGCCAUACGAUCAUGUCAGAGCCGAUGUGUUCUUUCGAGGCCGAGCUGCCGCUGAGACGAGGAGGGCCAACGCGAGUGACCGGGAUAGUGGAGCCUGGGGCUAUUGGGGAGUCGACGGGAAAUGGUACCCUUUUCCAGAGGCAAAUGUAGGGAAAGAGACUCCGCGAGAACCGCUCUUCGUCAGUGGAGCGAAUGCCUGGGCACUGGCCAGCGUGGGAAUCCUCUUCUUGGCAUGGGUACAAUAUCACCGUUGGGAUAUGGUCAUGGAAACCAGGCUGGCGAGGGCAGCAGAUGCUCAUGAUAAUGCAUCUGCCGCGCUGGCCUCGGCAAGACGAGAAGCCAAGUUGUAUGGCAUGGAGCGGAGAGAACAGAUCAGGCGGCGUGUCAAUGAGUCAAAAUUGCUCAAGGAGCUGGAAGAAGACAACGUUUCUUCAGAAGGCUAGAUGCAUGUCUAUGAGUGUCCAAAUUACAAAAGACUAAUGGAUGCCCUUGGCUUGUUCUCGGUCGCUCACAUGUCACGGCUCAAGCCUUUCAGCGAGCGGGUGUACACGGAUCGGAUCCAAGAGGUUGGCCUAAGCUGCAA